CCAUCCCACACCCCCCCUCCGUGGGGGACCCAGGUGUGAGUCAGGGGGCGAAGGUCGGUGUGGCCGUGUUUGCACACCCGGCACGGAAGUGGCACCGUCCCCGCGUGUCCCCGUGUCCUGCCCGGCAGUGCCUCCCGGCUGGAGCAGGCAUUUUGGGAUGCAGGGUGGAGAGGAGAACAUCUGUGGGGUUCCAGUCCCCGGUGUCCCUGUCACUGCAGCCCCCAGCGUGCUGUGAUGGCCCCGGACGCCUGAGCCCUUGUGGCAGGGACAAGCCAUGGAGACUGUUGUCAUCGUGGCCAUUGGGGUGCUGGCCACCAUCUUCCUGGCGUCCUUCGUGGCGCUGGUGGUGGUGUGCAGGCAGCGCUACUGUCACCCCAAGGACCUGCGCCACCACUACGAUACCAAACCCAUCGUGGACCUAAUGGGGAUCACAGAGACACCAUCAGAGCCCUCGGAGCUCGAGCUGGAUGACGUGGUCAUCACCAACCCCCACAUAGAGGCCAUCCUCGAGAACGAGGACUGGGUCGAGGAUGCCUCGGGUCUGGUGUCCCACUGCAUCGCCAUCUUGAAGAUCUGUCACACACUGACGGAGAAGUUGGUGGCCAUGACCAUGGGCUCAGGCGCACGUGUGAAGUCCCCAGCCAGCCUGGGUGACAUCAUCGUGGUGGCCAAGCGCAUCAGCCCCAGGGUGGACGACGUGGUGAGAUCCAUGUACCCCCCACUGGACCCCAAAUUGCUGGAUGCAAGGGCUGCGGCGCUGCUGCUGUCGGUCAGUCACCUGGUGCUGGUGACUCGCAGCGCCUGUCGCCAGCCGGCCGCUCGCCACUGGGUCGAGCGCUCGCUGGCGGCCGCCGAGGAGCACAUGGCCGUGCUGCGCCAGGCUGCCAUGGCCACCGAGCCCGAGCGGCCACCGGCCCCCGGCGAGCCCCCCCGCCAGGAGCAGUCGGCCAUCUGACCCCAGUAAAGGCCAUCUGACCCCAAUAAAGGCCCUGUGUGCCCCCAACCCCGCACCGGUGGCUCUGGGA